UCUGUCCUGCAUCCAUCUGUCAGUCGAAGAAGAGCUAAAGCAAACAGAUGCUUCAUAUUUUGUUUUUGUCUUCGUUGUCGUAGCAAGCUUGUCAAAUCCGCAGCUAUGGAGUUGUCAGAAAUAUUGUACAACAAGGCGGAGUACAUCGAGACGGCUUCUGGCAACAAAGUUAGUCGGCAAUCGGUGCUCUGUGGGAGUCAAAACAUCGUACUGAAUGGCAAAACAAUUGUCAUGAACGACUGCAUCAUCAGGGGGGACCUGGCUAAUGUCAGGGUGGGCAGACAUUGUGUGGUCAAAAGCAGGAGUGUCAUUCGGCCACCUUUUAAAAAAUUCAGCAAAGGAGUGGCGUUCUUCCCGUUGCACAUCGGCGACCACGUCUUCAUCGAGGAGGACUGUGUGGUGAACGCAGCCCAGAUCGGCUCCUACGUCCACAUUGGCAAGAACUGUGUCAUAGGUCGUCGCUGCGUGCUGAAAGACUGCUGUAAGAUCUUAGACAACACCGUUCUUCCUCCUGAGACAGUGGUGCCUCCUUUUACUGUCUUCUCAGGAUGCCCAGGGCUGUUUUCCGGGGAGCUCCCAGAGUGCACGCAGGACCUGAUGAUUGACGUCACAAAGAGCUACUACCAGAAGUUCCUUCCCCUGAGCCAGAUAUGACUCCCGUGUACGCGGUUCCUGCUUGGACUGUGAGAACGCUCCGUUUAGACCUCGCAGGGUGCGGCAGUGGUCCUGUUAAGAGUCAGCUUUGGAAGAUCACAUAAAAUCAGCAGACAACUGCUGCUCUUCCAGCUGCUUGCUGCAAGUGAGGAUGAGACAAACGUGGACCAAAACACUUGUAGCUCAUUUCUGUGUUGCUGUACAUGAAGUUUUGACACCUAAACCAGUGUUUUCUUUUGUUUGCUUUGCUACUACACCGAUGCGUAGUUGUUUCCAAACAAAUCAGCUCCAAUAUGAAAGCGUGCACUGUACUUUUCCAAGCAUACAGCAAAAGCAGUGCAGCAAGAAUAUGAAUAUAAUGUGAUAUUAUGCAACAAUAUGUGUGAUAAAUAAAGGAAAUAGAAAAAAACA